AGCUGGAAAACUGGUUCUAUCUUGUUCUCAAACAGAAACUUGAUCUUUGCUGUGCAAUUUCCUGUGUUAACGCCCCACCCACAGAUAAAAAAAAGAUUCCUGGAAAUCAGCUGACAAAGUCGGAAGUGACGGAAAACAUGAAUUAAAGCGAUUUAAACGGUGAGAUCAUUCGCUUUCAGGUAAAACUCCAUUCUAAGUUAUUUGUGUUUUAAAAGUGCAAAUAAAAAUGGUGACACUCACUGGAAGUGAGGGUAGUCAUACAUAUAUGAUAAAUAUAUCAACUCGCUGGUGCACAACAGUGUUGUCACCCUUCUCUGUCCAGUGGUGUGACACCCCCUAAAGAGUGUCUCCAAGCUUAUACUACCCCCACAGUCUCUGGAGUUGUUUUGGAUGAAGCCCAGGUAAAUGGCACAGGUGUUUCUUGUGGUUUUUCUAAUGUAUCCUAGCAUUCUCUACACCGCAAAAGACUUGGGAUCCUCAUUGACCAUGGUGUGGUGGAUGUUUGUGAUUGGCGCAACCUUCAAACAGUGACGGGAAGAUUCUCACCAGACAGCAUUCCUAUCUGAUUUCAGGUUACUGUGCGUCAGUGAAUGUUGACUUGCAGUCGGUGGUUGUCUUCCAUCAACCCACCCAAAAUUCACCACCUCAGACCUCGACUGACUCGAGCCAACACUGACUUGGAACCUCAACUCUGUCUCUUGUGUAGUUACUUGCAAGUCGUCUUCAAAUUAAGAAUGCAAUUCCAAUCUUACUGGCUCGUGUCUCAAUAGUAUAAUCGUAUGAAAAUAAUUUGAAAAAUGUAUGCUGUUUGAGUACAAGAGAAAAUAAUUCUGUGGAGAAAUGUUUUCAGAUGUGGGGGGGUUUCUACCAGAUUGAAAAUCUGAUCUAAUCGAACCUAAUUAAUAUACUUUUAAUGUGUAUGGAUUUCGAAAUAUUUGAUGUAAACUCGUACUUGUUGUUCGUGAAUGGUGUUCAUGGAUGGUUAGCUUCUUGGGUUAAGGUGUGGAGGGGAUCCUUCCAUUUUAGCGGAUAACCUGUCUGGAAUAUAGGGGGUACGUUUGAAACAUUUGUCACUAGAUGGCAGUGUCUGCACUCUGCUCAUCUUAAAUUACUCACAAGGACAACCCCCACACCACCCAUAACCCGAAUAGUAACGCUGACAGGGGAUCCGUGGUGAGGCUGGUGAUCCUAGGGGGCUGGGGGUAUUCAAACUGUAGAGAACUAGAGCGCACUGCUGAUCUGUUGGUAGAGACGAAUAGUGCCGCCCUCUGGCCACACUGAGCAACUGAGUCAUGUCGGAUCCUCGGGACAUUGAUGAGGAUGCCAUCCUCAAGGGCCUCAGUGCUGAAGAACUGGACCAGUUGGAGUAUGAGCUGCAGGAGAUGGACCCAGAGAAUGCCAUGCUGCCAGCUGGAUUCCGUCAGCGUGACCAGACAAAGAAAAGUCCAACAGGUCGUUUCGACCGUGACGCCCUGCUUCAGCACCUGGAGAAGACGGCGCUGGAGUGUGACGACCGGGAGGACCUGGUUCCUUUUACAGGUGAAAAGAAAGGAAAAGUCUUUGUGGCCAAGAAAAGUGCAUCAGUCCCUGAACAUGAGCAGGUUAUUCUGGAACCAGAGCUGGAGGAGGCACUGAAGAAUGCCACAGAUGCAGAGAUGUGUGACAUUGCUGCCAUCCUGGGAAUGUACACGUUGAUGAGUAACAAACAGUACUAUGACGCUCUCGGAACGACAGGAACCAUUGCAAACACUGAAGGAAUUUACAGUGUUGUCAAGCCAGAUCCAUUCAAGAUCUUUCCUGACGAGCCUCCAAACAGUACCAAUGUGGAAGAAACUCUGGAGCGGAUCCAUAACAAUGACAGCAGCCUCAUAGAUGUCAACCUAAACAACAUCAAGGACAUACCCAUCCCGACUCUGAAGGAAAUAUUUGAAGCCAUGAAGGGAAAUUCUCAUGUGGAAUCUCUGAGUAUUGCCGCCACCCGCAGUAAUGAUCCAGUUGCUUAUGCAUGUGCCGAGAUGCUGCUGGAGAACACGAGUCUACAGGCACUCAACAUUGAGUCCAACUUCAUCACCUCAGAUGGAAUGAUGGCAAUAAUCCGGGCGAUGGCUAACAAUGCUACACUGGUAGAGCUGAAGAUCGACAAUCAGAGGCAAAAGUUGGGUGACUCAGUUGAAAUGGAGAUCGCUGCGAUGUUGGAGAACAACUCCAGCAUCCUGAAGUUCGGAUACCACUUCACCCAGCAGGGUCCACGGGCCCGCGCCGCAAUGGCAAUGACACGCAACAAUGACAUGAUUCGACAGCAAAGAUUAAGAUGAAUGUGCAAGAGUAUUUAUAACCAUCAUCUUCAUCGUCAUCAUCAUCAUAGUCUUCAUCAUCACUCUUGAUUUGUGAUCGAUUCAU